UUAUUCCCUGGGCAUGGGUGUCAGUGUAAUGCAUUUUGACUUGAGUUAUUGGUUUUAUCCAGCGCUCUGUCUUGUCGUCUGCACCAUAGCGAACUCAUAAACGCUGUACUGUUGACUACUACGGUGUAUUUAUUCCACAUCUGACAAAGAUCUAACCCUUCGAAGAGAUUCAAACUUUUAUUUUAUUUAAAUUUUUAUCAACGGAAGCCUACAGCAACUAGCGUUUUGGAACUCUGUGGAGACGCCAUUGGCAAUGACAUCGCUCCGGUGCGCUCUGUGCAUAAUAUGGAUGUGUCUGAUCUGUCAUUCGACGGGAACGGGAUUUAUUUACCAGUUUCCCGGAGUGACUGGCCAAAGCGUAAACUCGGAGCAGAGCGCGACCACAGGUUCACCAGGCAGCGGAUCAAACAUUCACCUCAGGAACUGGUGCCAGUACACUGUGUUGAGGACAGUGAAGUGCCAGGUGCACAAUGGGACAGAGACCAUGGUACAGAGAGUGUUUCAAGGUUGCCGCUGGCCAGGACCCUGCUCUAAACUCAUCAGCUACAGGACCGUGGUCAGGCCGUCUUACAAGGUGGCCUAUCGGCAAGUCACAGCUCGGGAGUGGAGGUGCUGUCCUGGGUUUGUAGGAGAUGAAUGUCGAGAAGAGUGUAUGAACUGCACUGGCUUCACUGACAUAAACAACCGACUGAACUUCAUCGAAUCCAAGAUGAAGCUGCUAGAGGGAGCAGGUUCACCAUCACUGUCCUUCAACAACUCAACAGAGGGCUCCACGUACACCCCAACCCCCACCGGCCCUCCAUCCUACCUGCACCCAGGAGGAAGAGGACCACCAGGGCCAAUCGGAUCACCAGGAAUUCCAGGCCCAGCUGGCGAGGCAGGGGUUCCAGGACAGACCGGCCCCACAGGGCCAAUGGGAGAGAGAGGAAGACCAGGAGAGAUCGGACAUCCAGGCCCUCCAGGGCCAACCUCCUCCUCUACCCGGCCGAGAGGUGACAUGUUUGGGUUCGACGAGCAGGAGGAGACCCGUCUUACUCCAACUCUUCCUGAGUUGGUAGCUGGCCCUCCUGGUCCAUCUGGCCCCCUAGGUCCUCCAGGUCCCCCUGGACCAAUCGGACCAGCAGGAGUUCCAGGUCUCCCAGGGCGAGAUGCAGAGGGAGGUCUCCAAGGCAAGGCUGGGAAUCCCGGUCCUAAAGGAGACGCAGGGGAGAGGGGCCCUUCAGGAUUGCCAGGGGAGCAUGGCCAGCCUGGGCAGUCUGGGCAGAAGGGGGAGCCAGGAGAGGGUUUACCUGAGGGGGAAGCUGAAGGAUUGCAGCAGCUGAGGGAAGCUCUCAAGAUCCUGGCAGAGAGAGUUCUGAUUCUGGAACACAUGAUUGGCAUCCACGAGAGUCCAGUGGAGUCAGGCUCUGGACUGGAAGGCCUACCAGACUCCUUUUCCUUCCCCGCCAUCAAGACCAGACUGGCCGAGUCCACCAUCAAGACCAGGCGACUCCAGCCCCUCCAACUCUCCUCCCGUCCAUCCUCAAGGAAGCACUCUGGUGGCCAGACGGAGACCAUGUAUUUUUUAAGACACCAAUGAGUGUUUAGUGUGUGUGUGUGUGUGUGUGUGUGUGUGUGUGUGUGUGUGUGUGUGUGUGUGUGUGUGUGUGUGUGUGUGUGUGUGUGUGUGUGUGUGUGUGUGUGUGUGUGAUAGAAAAGGUGUAGUAUCAAAAAGCCUGCAGAAAGUAUUAAUUUACAUAAUGCACGAAUGGAUAUAUUUUCAGAAAUAUACUCAUAUAUAUUCUCUCUUCUGUGUAGUAUUUGUACACAUUUUAAAUAACAUGCUGUUCUGAGGGCUGAAACCAGACCAUGUUCUGUUCUGAGGGCUGAAACCAGAACAUGUUCUGUUCUGAGACCUGAAACCAGAACAUGUUCUGUUCUGAGAGCUGAAACCAGAACAUGUUCUGUUCUGAGGGCUGAAACCAGACCAUGUUCUGUUCUGAGGGCUGAAACCAGAACAUGUUCUGUUCUGAGGGCUGAAACCAGAACAUGUUCUAUUCUGAGAGCUGAAACCAGAACAUGUUCUAUUCUGAGACCUGAAACCAGACCAUGUUCUGUUCUGAGACCUGAAACCAGAACAUGUUCUGUUCUGAGAGCUGAAACCAGAACAUGUUCUGUUCUGAGGGCUGAAACCAGAACAUGUUCUGUUCUGAGAGCUGAAACCAGACCAUGUUCUGUUCUGAGAGCUGAAACCAGAACAUGUUCUGUUCUGAGAGCUGAAACCAGAACAUGUUCUGUUCUGAGAGCUGAAACCAGAACAUGUUCUAUUCUGAGAGCUGAAACCAGAACAUGUUCUGUUCUGAGAGCUGAAACCAGAACAUGUUCUGUUCUGAGACCUGAAACCAGAACAUGUUCUGUUCUGAGAGCUGAAACCAGACCAUGUUCUGUGCUGUUCUGCAGGAUUUUGGACAACCUUCCUGCUUACGUUAUUAAAAAUAAGUGGAAUGAAACGAAUAACUUCUGGUGCAUAAAACGAAAAUAAGUAAAAAAUGAAAAAAAUUGUUUUUUGGCUCGGCUGAAACCACCUGGCUCAAACUCUGAGGUGAUGUUAGAUGUCCUGCUGCUGUGGCUGGGUUCUGGUCUGCUCUGAUCUGUCCUGUUCUGUCUCUCUUGGCAUGUCAUUUUUCUGUUAUUGGCUAGAAAUAAGUGUGUCUCUGUCAUUGGUCAUUCACCUUAUAUGGUCUCAUUUAAGAGUGUAUUUUCAAGUUCUUAUAUAGCACAGUGUAUGUUGACGUACUCCUUUUACUGCUCACCUUUUCCAGUGUAAUACCUAACAUGUAUGAUGUAUUGAAUACCAGGGAUUCUGGAGCACCCUCCGGUUGCAACCUUUAAGUGUGAUUUAGUAGAUGGAAAAAGGGAACGUGCCAUUUUAUUGUGACGUGUUGUCUUGCUGUUACUGUGUUAAUUCAUGUGUCAUUCUCUUUUGAAUUUGAUUGUGAGGCCUAUGUGAGGGCUAUGUGAGGGCUAUGUGAUGGCUCUGUGAGGGCUAUGGUUGUGGUUGUACUGUCUGUAAGCCAUUGCACUCAGUGGAUGUGUACUGUAUCUAUCUCUCAAUUAAACCCAUUCACACAGUUCACACA